AUGUGCAACAUCCUACAAAUUGCUUCCGGAGUAUCUUCAGCGAUUAGUAGAGCAAAUCCAGGGACUUUAGCCGAAAUCCAUGCAAUAUACGAUGCUGGAGUCGGUCAUAGGUUCAAAUACAUGUUUUUAGCUCUUCGUGCCAGUAUUGAUGGAUUCAGGCAUAUGCGUAAUGUUAUUAUAAUUGACGGAGCUCAUUUGAGAGGGAAAUAUGCUGGUUGCUUACUAACCGCUUCAGCUCAGAAUGGAAAUUACCAGGUUUUCCCUAUUGCGGUGGGAAUUGUUGACGGUGAAAAUGACAAUGCAUGGGAGUGGUUCCUAAAGAUGCUUUUGCAAUUCAUUCCAAACGAGGACAAUGUUGUAUUCAUUUCAGACAGACACUCAUCCAUAUACAAAGCAAUUUCAAAGGUGUAUCCAGCAGAAAAGCAUUGCGCUUGUAUUUUACAUCUGAAACGCAACAUCCAAACUUAUUUCAAAAACAAACAUCUCAGUUACUUGGUGGGCAAGGCAGCCAUGGCCUUUCAACUCAGCGAGUUUUACACAACAUUCAAUGAAAUAAAGAACAUAAAUCCUACAUGUGCUGAAUACCUAUUAGAUAUCGGUUUAGAGCACUGGGCCCGUGCUCAUUGCUCUGGAAAUCGGUACAACCUCAUGACAAGCAAUGUAGCAGAGACAUGGAAUUCUGUUCUUCGAAAUGCAAGAGAGUAUCCGAUACUACAUUUGGUCGAGUACAUCCGUUCUAAACUGAUGAAAUGGUACGCAGAAAGACAUGAUGUAACACAACAUCCCAAUCUUAGAUUAACUCCACGUGUGACCAGUAUUGUGGAAGAAAAUUUUGAAAUUAGCGGUUGGAUGCUUGUUUGCCAGAUUAACGCUGGUGAGUUCGAUGUAAAAGACAAAGACGGAAUAUCUUACCAUGUUAACCUACACACCAAAUCUUGCAGCUGUUUCUCAUUUCAGACGCUCCUCAUUCCUUGCCCCCAUGCCAUUGCGGCGGCAAUCAAAGAGAAAUCAAGUAUUGAAUCGCUGGUUUCCGAUUUUUACACUAUUGACACUCUAGUUGCUGCAUAUGCCGGGAAUAUAUUACCUAUAAGCAGCGAGGUCAAUCCAAGUAUCGAAGGGACAGAAGGUGAAAGUGAGUCCAUCCAAAUAUGCCCACCCACAAAUCGUCGUCCACCAGGGAGACCUCGCAAAAGCCGGAUCUUGUCUACUGGAGAAAUAAGGGUAAGCAGCUUACCUUGA